AUGUCGCUUUUACAGCAGAAGACCAAUUCAAGCACCAGCACCUCUGGCACGGGAGAAACAUCGGGCACCGGGGCACAUCGAUCGCCAUCGGAAGGCAGUAAUGCCUCUUCGCCUCGGAAAUGGGCGUUUGGUGCUGGAUGGAAAUCAUCAAGGCGCAGUCACGACAAAAACAGCUCUAAACAACCGAGCCUUACUCUCGAGCCGCGAGACUUUCCCGGUAGCCUGUCCUCGCCAGACCUCAAUCCAGCCUCGUCGAGCGAGGCGAACUACCAGACCUUGCGCGAAUGUGUGCAGAAGCUGAGGUCCGCGCCCGCGGGUGCUAGCCACGUCGACGCUGCAUUCAAGGAAUACUCCAAAAUCAAGCACAGACCUACCGUCCUAUGCAAGGCCUUGUUGCGCCCAAGAUCGCGUGGCCGAGAAUCUUCGGUUCUCUUGAGUCCUUUAUCCAACCCGGACAGCGCACGGGAGUCUUCCUUCGACACUCCCAGCCUGAAUGCCUGCGAUACAAGGGCAUCCUUCAGCUCGAGGAGCCUGACCGAACUGGGAGUUGUCUCGUCGCAUGUCCCCGAACAAUACCUGGCCGCCGUGAGGGACUGGAGGCACUGCCUCGAGUCCCUCCUCGAGUCCCUCAAAACGUCACUACUCGAGACUUACAAGGAAUACGAGCCCAAUCUCACUCCGACCAUGAUUGAGCAGCUCUUCAAUGACAAAUCUUUCCGAAAAGUCGCCAUUCAGCAGAUGCGAAAUGCUAGCAUAUUCAAAUUGCUGUCGGCACAUCCCGACUUCUUUUUGAAGUAUGAUAUCCGCUUCCGCAACUAUGAUAAGAUCAAACUUGAAUUGGUUGAGAUUCGCCACCUGCUUCAGGCGGGAGAAUCUGGCAUUUCACCUGACAGGACCAUUGAGGAAAUCGCCAUAUCUCCCAGAGGCGAUGUCAUUCUGGAGUUUGCAAACUCUGUCUCCGAGAGCUACCCGGUCUUUCGUUUUCGCGUGUUAUCUCAUAUGCUCGCAGAAACGGGUUCACCCUAUUUCGUUCGAAUGUUCAAUGACUCAAGAAAUCCUUCGACAGAAAUUUUGCCAGGUGGUUUGCCCCCCCAGCCUUCUCGAUACAUAUGCCGUGACGGUUCCGAGGUGAAGCUGUAUCGGAUGCCUCAGCUCGAACUGAACACCGAGAAGAGCAUCGAAAUCUUGAUGCAUGCUGCGCACAACCACCAUCGACACGAGGAGGUCCCUCGGGAGAUCGAGUUCAGCAAAUUUGUGGCUAUCGCCGAGGUCUGCAUGCGUUAUCAAUGCACAUCCCCCUUGGAAUUGGUUGUGGAACACUGCUGGCUGCCGCAAUGGAUACACAAGGCAUCUGACGGCAUGCCGGACGGUCUACUCCUCAUCAGCUACGCGUUUGGCCUACGGCGCCUCUUCACACGCUUGUCCAAGUCAGCCAUCCUAAACAUAGCCGAUGAGAAAGACCUGCAAUCCAAGUUAUGGCCACAAAAAAUCAAGGACACGAUAUGGGCGGUUCGGCAAGCCAAGAUUGAACAAGUCACAGCCUGUUGUAGCAGUAUGCUUCAAGAGUACCUACACCCGCCUUCGCCUACCACCACUCAGUCUACAUCCGGCAGCGAGGCAUCCUUCGUUGCCGGUGUCGUACCCACAGCUGCCCCUCGCUGCCCCAAGGGUAGCCAUUUCUGCGACGCUGCCAGCCUAGGUUGGUUGAUGAUGGUGUUCGCCGAAUUGCAGCUGCUCCCACACAUUAUGCACUCGGUGGCGACGUCGCAUCUGCCACCUCUGCCACAGCGUAGCCUGAACCAGGUCGUCGACUGUCUGCGGGUUGUCGCAUCCCCUCCGCAUCCUCAAGCGCACCGAGGAGUUUGUGAUUUUGCCCCCGCGUUUCGCGGCGCCAUCAAUGACAUAUACAACAGCGUAGUAGGCUUAACACUCUUCGACGUCUCUGGGAAGCACGGAUGGGCCCUCAGCAUGCACAAAAUAGAGCUUCCACAGCCGGUCCCUAAGACCGAUGCCCUGGUACCUGAUCAGGGGGCGGCGAGACGGGGGAAAGAGGAAGUCGCGCUGCGAAUUAUGUGCGAACUAGACACUCUGGAAGAUUUGCAAACAGCUUCGAUGAUAGACAAGUGCUUUCACGAGACAUAUCAGAGGAACCAGGUUGCUCUGAUGAAGGCUUUGUUAAGGAGAACAAGCAACACGGAGCCGAGAGCUUGGGCGGCUGUUCGUGGGGACACGUACCGAACGGCUGCGGACGCCGAGCGCAUCCUUUGGCCAGAGGGUGAGGCAUCCUCGUCAACGCCGCCUGCCCAUACAAGCACCUCUCCAAAUGGCACAGCGGUGAAUAGGGUGCCGACAGAAAAAUUUCGUGCCACGGACGUGUCUUUGCAGAAGACAGUAGAAGACAAGAGUCUCCUCAGUGCAGAAAAUAAGCACCUGAGGGAGACCUACGAGCGCAAGAUUGGACACUUGGCGCAGCAAGAUGAGCAUGAUCACCCAUGA